AUGAAACUUUGGAGUUCUUAUUCUCUCGGACUUAUUUCCUCCGUCCGAGCUUUCGGCCCGCAAUGUGGUUUGGGUGAAGUGAGCUCGAUUCAUUACUGCCUUGGCACGGAUAUUCCGAAGAACAAGGCAGAAAAGUGCAUGAUCCACUGUGAUACAGAGAGAUAUGAAGCGUUUGGCAAUGACUGUAGAUGCAAAGGCCAGCGCAAGUGCUUAGUUGUCUACUGUCACAAAACUGACAUCAUCGAAAUCCUGACCAUGGACCCAACCAAGAGGCCGAAAACAACAAGAACUCAGAAAUUAAGAAAGCAGAAAGAAACCGCUUUAGACGAUAAUUUGAGAGUCACGUACAGUCCUGGUUUCGAAGAUCUUCACAAAGUCUCGUUGAAAUCAAUCAGUGAGGAUAAAGACAUCAAGAUCAUGGCUGGAAACGAAACGGUUCCCAAGAAAUCGACGAAAAAGCGAGGGAUGAAGAUGCUUCAGCGAUUGAAAAAGAUCGAUUCAGAAGCGGAAAAACCUCAAAGACCGGCCAAAGCGAGAGAAAAACUGGCCAAGAAAAAUUCUGUCCCAGAAGAUGUUCUAGUUCAGGCUGAGGCGAAAUUCGUCAAGCAUGGAAAAGGGCUUUUCAAUCUUGAAUCAUCGUUCCGAAGCAAUCCAGGGCAGUGCGCAUAUUUGGACGCAAAUCUAGCCAUGGGAGAUUGCAAGUUCCCACUUCAAUCUGGAGAGCGCUGUCGGCCGACCUGUGCUGACCCAAGACUCAUUCCCUCAUCGCCAACAUCCAAUAUGUUCAUCGAUUGCACUUGCAAUAGUGCGGGUACUUGCGUCACCGUGCACGAUAUCAAAUGCGUUCCAGGCUGCGAUGAACCUUCGGAAGAAGAUCUGCCAAUUGGAAUGGUCCCAGUCUGCCCUUUCCCACUUCCGGGAGGAGAAAGAUGCAAUUUCGAGUGUGUAUAUGGCUCGUUUACUCAAGUGGAAAAAGCUUACGGAAGAUGCAAUUGUCGAGGUGGAACUUGCUCAUUUAUAAAUCCAAAGGCAUCAUGCGGCCCUGAUCACUCAAAGUAUUGCAAAGUACCUGACGCGACGCUUGACGCCCAUCCAAAAGCGAGAGUCAAGUGUGCUCAAGAAAAUGUCGCAGUUCCGGUUCUCAGCUCGUUUGUUUCCGCGAAAACCGAUCAAUUUUGCUGGCUUGAGUGUGAGGACGGAUUUGUGUGGGAAGGAGAUAAUAGGCAAAGACGAAAUAUCAAGAGAAGUCCGCAGCUUGAAUGUGACUGUACUAAACAAGGCUGCGAGUUGAAAGCUCCUGAAGGAAGAUGCGUUCUCGGUGCUCUCCCUGACUUUUAA